AUGGCAGAGUCGAAGCAGUCGACUUUCCAAGCUUUGUCGUCGGGGCGAAUUGUGGUGGUGGGCACACUCCUGCUUGGGGUUACAUCACUCCUGGAGAUCUCCCGCCGCGCCGCACGCCGCGCACGCCGUGGUGCAGUGCAGGGACUCGAGGUGCCCAUGGCAGGUGGGUGGCAGCCCUUGCUCGGGCACUUGUUCCGCCUGCGACGCUACGUGGCCGGAAAUGCCAGCUUCGCUCCAGCGCGCUGGGCGCUGGACGUCUUGAACCAGGAGGGACUCAGAGUCUUCUGUGGAGAGUUCCUGGGUAUGAGGAUGAUCAGUGUGGCCGAUACUGCUCUUGUGGAGGAGGUCAGCACAGGAGAGCCCGAUCGAUUCACGAAGGAUUUCCUGAAGUUCUCGCCAGGUGGUGACCUGCUCCUGGAAUCAUUCGGUCGCGGUCUGGUUUUUGCCAGCACGGAGGAUCCCGAGUGGCAAGUGGCUCAUCGAAUCCUUCGAGCUCCAUUCUCCUCGAGAGGGGUCAAAGCAAUGGGUCCUCUGAUGUGCCAGCAGGCCGAUGAGCUCGUGAGGGCCUUACGUCGUGACGUUGGGCAUGGAGGCGUGCUGUAUAUUGACACUUGGGUUACCAAAAUGGCUUUGGAGACUAUUGCGGUCUGCGGCCUGGGCACCUCGCUGGGUUGUUUUGAGUCUUCUGAGACACCUCCACUUGUGGUCUCUCUCAACACUCUUAUCAGUUGCUUAAUGAACUUGAGCAGAUGUCCGAAGUGGCUGCGCCCACUUUUGAUGCCCUUCCGCGUGCGAGAGUUCCGCAGAGAGAGCCAGAGGCUCCGGCAGCACUGCCUCGAUUUGAUUGAGAAGCGUGCUGGCAGUUCAGCCGUUGGUGUGCGGAAGGAUCUUCUAGACGUGAUGCUGCUGGAUAGUGACACGAAGAGCGGACGUCAGAUGACCCGUGACAUGGUCACAGACAAUGUGUUGACUUUUCUUUUUGCGGGCCAAGACUCGACUGCAGCUGCCAUGGCCUCGUGCUUGUGCUAUCUCUGCGCGCACCCGGCAUGCAAAGCAAAGCUCGUCGAGGAAAUAGAUGAGGUUGUGGGAAAGGGCGCUCUGGAGUGGGACCACUUCGCCCGGAUGCCAUACCUAGACUCUUGCAUCAAGGAAACCUUGCGGCUGGUUCCGCCAGCCCCGGGCUUCGUGCGCUAUCCAAAGGGAGACCAGCUAUUGGGGAAGAAGUGGCGCAUUCCAGACGGCGUGCCGGUCCUUGUGAACAUCAUGGCCAUCCACUAUGACCCGAAAAUCUGGGGUGAGGACGCCGCGACGUUCCGGCCAGAGCGUUGGCAAGAGUCAGAGGCUCCUCGAGAGAAGUUUGCUUUCAUCCCUUUCGCACUGGGCCCACGAGCUUGUACCGGAAGGGAGUUCAGCGUGCUGGAGCAGAAAGUGACUCUCGUGAAACUUCUGCAGCAGUUUGACUUUGAACGACCUGCCCAAGUCCAGCACAAGCCCGGCUGCACCACCAUCACGAGUGAGCAGAUGAAGCACCCGCCCUUCAUCAGCAUGGAUGUCGAGAUGAAGCAGGACACCGCAUUUCAAGGCCUGUUCUCCAGCUUGGUUUUGUCCGAAAGACAACAAUGA